UCCACUACUCUUUCGAGAGACAGAGUGUGCGGUCGGUCGGUGGAAACGUUUGAAAAACGGUUCAGAGUGUGUUUCUCUUACGAUAAACUGUAUAUAUUAAAUUGUUGUUUAACCCGUGAAUUUUGAAGUUUCACCAUAUUCAAGUUUAAAUUCCGAUAUGGAUGCAGGACAUGGCUUGGAAUUAACUGCACAUACAGAGACAGAGCAUUUUGCUAGACUGCUCUCAAAUGUACUACGGGAAAGAUCUCACAAAUGGAAUUGGAUGACACCACUCGACAGCACAGUUAAUUGCUAGCCCUGUAUCAGGAUGUUGAAUUUAUCUAUUUGUUUAUUUUAUCAUAUGGCAUGUAAUAUACAGGAUGCCUAUCAAUAAGUACCAAUUAAAAUAAUUGGUAAACGGGUUACUUCACGAAAAGAGCGUCAAAUGUAUUUCUUAUGUUUAAAAGAAUUAAAAUAACCUUUAAAUGACCUUCUAACGUUAACGCAUUCUACGUAAAAAAACAAACAUAAGAAAUACAUUUGACUCACUUUCAUAACAUCACCAAUUAUAUGUUAUUUCAAACGGUACGUAUUGAUGGAUACCUUGUAAUCUGUAAUUAUUAAAUAUUAAAAUGUUGUGUGUGAGAAUAAAAUUAUAAAAUAAUAAUGAUUUUUAUAUUAACAGGCAGUAGCAGCAUUGACUUAACUCCACUUCGUACAAAGAGAAUGUAUCGCCAGAAAUUUAGAGACGAAUGGCUGCAAAAGGCUGAAUUUGUCUUAUGGCUGGAAAAAUGCGAGGACGUGUAUAAAGCCAGAUGUAAGCUCUGCGACAAGACUUUAAGAGUAGGCUUAACACAUCUAAAAAAACAUAGAGCAGGGGGUGCUCAUCAGAUAAACGAAGAAGCUCUAAGGAUCUUCGCGACAGAGGAAAUGGGCAAAGCUGCAUCACCUUCAGACAACAAUACUGUCCGAGUGAAAAAGGCAGAACUAAGGUUUUGUAUGGACAUCGUGGAGCACAACCGAAGCUUCAAUUUUUACAAUCAUUUUGUGGGAAUGUUAAAAGGGGCAAUAUCAGACUCACUAAUAUUAAAAAGCCUUUCACUUAAAAGAUGCAAAGCAAAUGCACUUGUUCAAAAUGUCAUUAACAAGGAAGUUGCUUCAAUUAAUAUUGAAAUAUUAAAAAAUAAGUACUUCUCUAUUAUUGUAGACGAGAGUACAGAUAUAUCUGACACAAAAAAUUUAUGUAUUUUAGUACGAUAUGUCAAUAAUGGUGCAAUUAGAAUAGAUUUGUUAGAGUACUUAAGAAUUAAGGACGGUACCACGGAGAAUUUAUUUAAAUGCCUACAGUAUGUGCUAGAAAAGAAUAGCUUAAAUAUAAAUAAUGUAGUUGGCAUUUGUAUGGAUAACACAAGUGUCAUAAUUGGUAAGCACGAAUCCCUUGUAUCGAGAGUAUUAGCAAUUAACAAAGAAGUGGCUGUGUUUCCGUGCACAUGUCACUCAGUGCAUUUAAUUGCAUACGAUGCUACAGAACACAUUCCUAAAUAUAUAAUAGAUUUUCUACACAAAAUAUAUUACUAUUUCGCACAAUCUCUAAUGGGACAAACUCUGCUGGAAGAGCCACAACAAGUUUUGAAUGUUACUAAAAGAAAAAUAAUCGAGCCAUGUCCAACUCGGUGGUUACAUUUAUCACAGUCUACCACUGUUAUUUUGGAGCAAUGGGACACGUUAUUUCGACUUUUCGCAGAGUCUACUAUUUGUGGAUUAGAAAACGGUCGUGAAAUUUUUAUUCCAUUAAAGUCUACAUUUACAAAAGUAUAUUUACAAUUUUUGGAUUAUAUAUUAAAGAAAUUUGCGAAAUUUAAUCUUUUAUUUCAAGGAUCCAAUAUUUUAAUACACUGCAUCUUACCCGAGAGUUAUAGAUUCUUAAGGUUCUUAGGUGACACAUUCAUCAAGCCAAAUUGUAUGCGAACGGACAAUAUAUUAUUUAUCGAUAUAGACGAUGAGGACAAUUUACUCCCUUUACAAGCGAUAGAUAUUUCUGAAAAAGCAAAAGCAACAAUCAGUGAAAUUGAAAACAAAAAGGAAGCAACCUCUGAAGAAAUUGUUCAAUUUUAUAGUAAUGUACAAACAUUUUAUAAAACUGCGUACAAAGGCGCAAUAACAAGGUUACCAUUCAACGAACAAUUUUUAAAUGAUUUACAAUUUCUGGAUCCUAAGAUUGCAUUAUACAUUGAACAUCACAAUAGCCAAAUACACAGUAUCGUAGGAAAAUUUGAAUCUAAAUUCGAUAAAGAUACAAUCGACAUAGAAUGGCGUGAAUUACCUUCACAUUUCUCACCGUCAGAGAAGGAUAAUUUAAUAAAAAUGAAAAUUCCAGAAUUUUGGCAUACACUUGGCAAUAUCAAAGAUUUCACUGAUGAAUAUAAAUUCCACAACCUUGCAAACUUAGCUGAACUUUGUUUAGCACUACCACAUUCAAAUGCAGAUGUAGAAAAAUGUCUUUCUUUUAUAACAAACGUUAAAACGAAAGACAGAAAUAGACUGAAAAGCCAGGCAGUAAGUGCACUGGCACGAAUACAGUUACAUUUAAAAGCACAAAAUGAAAAUUGCAUUACGUGGGAAGUGUCGCAAAGAGCGAUAAAUUUGUUUAACUCUGACAUAUAUAAAACAGAGAAAAUACCAGAACAACUGGUUAAUAUAAUUUUACCCAAUGCAGAGGAUACAGAAACAAGCAAAUGUUUGAUAUAAGACAAAAAUGUUAAUGGUAACAUAUUUUUAAAACAUGUAAUUUAUUAGAUCUACUUUGCAAGUUUAAUUUGUAAAGAACAAAAUAAUUAUAAACGAUGAUAUAAAUUUAGGAUGAUUCGAAGAUGGGCCACUUUGAAGCCAUAUAGCUGUGUUCAAAAUGAACAAAUAGUAAAAAAGAUCAUAAUAAAUAGUAAGCCACAUGACUAA